AUGUCGGAAUUGGAAAAUGAAGAGGAUGGUUGCGUGACCCUGACUAAUUUGGUUGAGAUUGUUGAUGAAGAAGAGAAACUUAUUGAAGAUGCCGAUGCCGUUCUUGGUGCAAGCGAUGACAAAAACUGUACAUACCUAAUGGGGUAUGUUGGCCGGCAAGCUUUAUAUUCUUGCUUGACUUGUAAAGAUCAGUCCACUGAUAAGCUAUCAGCAGGUAUUUGUUUGGCCUGCUCUUUGAGUUGUCAUGUUGGACAUAAUCUUGUGGAAUUAUACACCAAAAGACAAUUUAGAUGUGAUUGUGGUAACUCAAAAUUUCCUGUUGGAUUUGCUUGCAAGCUUUGCCCAGAUAAAGUUGCCUUGAAUAAUGAUAAUAAAUAUAACCAAAACUUUUCUGGUCUGUAUUGUACAUGUUCUAGACCAUAUCCUGAUCCAGAAGAUUCGAUUGAUGAUGAAAUGGUUCAAUGUGUUAUCUGCGAGGACUGGUUCCAUAAAAGGCACUUAAGUUCUUCGUUGAAAUUUGACUCCGAGGAAUAUGAGGAGGUGAUGUGUGUCAGAUGUGUUCAACACUGCUCAUUCGUCUGGUCCUAUGUUAGCAUUUGCAAAGGUUAUAUGGAUCUUAAAACCGGCCUGAGUGCGUAUCUAAAAAAAUUUGCUGACAAUGGAAAAGUCGUAAGAGAAGAAGACAUCGCAGAGUUUUUUACCGAUUUGCAAGCUAAAAAACGUCAGAAAACGGAUGCCAAACAGUUUUCUUAA